AAUAAACGCUCUGGGUCGCGACACGGCAUCGCCCCGCGACACGCGUCACCGCGCCGCGACGCGCGGGGUCAUGGCGGCGCUCUGGAGGGGCUGCGGGCGGCUGCUGGCGCGGCGGCCCGGGGCGGCGCAGGCGCUCACAGCCGGGGCCCUCAUGGGAGCCGGGGAUGUGAUUGCACAGCAGCUGGUGGAGCAGCGGGGGCUGCACGGGCACCACUGCCCCCGCACCCUGAAAAUGAUGGCCAUUGGCUUCUGCUUUGUGGGCCCUGUUGUGGGCAGCUGGUACAGGAUCCUGGACUGGCUCAUCCCAGGGAAUACAAAAGUUGUGGCCGUGAAGAAGGUGAUCCUGGACCAGGGCGGUUUCGCUCCGUGCUUCCUUGGCUGCUUCCUGGCUGUCACUGGGGCCGUCAACGGGCUCUCAGCGCAGGAGAACUGGUCCAAGAUCCAGCAGGACUACACGGAUGCCCUGGUGACCAAUUACUGUAUCUGGCCACCCGUGCAAAUUGCGAACUUCUACUUUGUGCCUCUGCAGCACAGGCUGGCUGUUGUCCAGUGUGUUGCCAUCGUCUGGAACUGCUACCUGUCCUGGAAGGCGAAUCGGACGUGAGGCAGGAGCCGUGUCCUGUGGCAGUGCCCAGCCCGAGCCCUGGCAGUGGCAGCGUGGCGUGGGCAGGCUGGGACACGCAGGGUCCUGCAGCAGCCACCCCCUCUUCCCCCCGGGGAGCACCAUCCCCAUGGCCACAGCUGCCCCAGGGACAGGAUGGUGCCAGGACAGGCCCGGAUCUGUUCUCACUGUGCUGUGCAGCAGCUCUGCCCACGAUGGUCUCUGUCUGUGCUCUGCCAUUUCCCAGCCCUGCACACAGGGUGCUCCUGCCCCAGGUGUCACUUGGACCUUCCCCAUGGCACAUCCCGAGGGAAAAGAGGAGUGGAAAUGGAGCAGGGCUGGCCCUGGGCUGGCUGUGCCACGGGCACAGAGCUGGGCAUGCAGGCUGGGCAUGCUCUCCUGAAAACAGGGUUUGCUGUGGCUCUGCUGUGGACAGUCAAAGCAUCAAUAAACUCUGGUCUUCA